CUAUAAAACUCUGGCAGUCCCAGGGUCUCGUUGGGGUUUGUUUACUUCCACCCGAGGGGACUUCACCGUCAGCCUGGGCACGACAGCAUCACCACCUCCAUCACAAUUGGACUCAGCAAACCACCCCAAGCAAUCAAGUAAAAAUGGCUCCUUUUGAGAAAUCCAUGGAGAUGAUGCCCUUCAAGCAGAGGAAAUGCCUCGCAACAAGAAAAGAUGAAGUGUGCAAUAUUCUGUCUAAAUUCCCCAACAAGUUGCCUGUGAUUGUUGAGCGCUAUAUCCGUGAGCAGACACUUCCCUUGUUGGACAAAACAAAGUUUCUGGUUCCCUUUGAGCUCACGUUGGGCCAGUUUCUCUGCCUGCUCAGGAAUAAAAUCGCUCUGGAGUCCUCCGAGUCUCUGUUCCUGCUGGUGGCAGAGAGGAGCAUGUCCUGCAUGUCGUCCAGCAUGGGGGAGGUUUAUACUCGCUACAGGGAUAUGGAUGGCUUCCUCUACAUAACCUAUGCAUCGCAAGAGAUGUUUGGAGCUCCUCAGUCGGCAGCAAGACCGCCCUGCUGACCCUGAGACAGGAAAAAUAAAAUGAACUGAACCAUGACCAACAGUGGUAAUACCUCAUAAUAUAACUGGAGGGAAAAGGACAAACUGAGCCAAAUUUAUAUAUGUUGAUAUGUUUUCCCCCCCAGAUUUGUUGAAUCAAACCGCACAUAUCCCUACUUCAUCUUUGCCACUUUUUCUUCAGCUAAAUAACCCAGAGCAGCAAGGAAAAGGCUCACCCUGAUGAUGACUGAUUGGUUUUAAUUGGAUUGUUCCUAUGAACAAAGUGCCACAAAAAGACCGGUACCUUACAUUGAACACUAUCUGAAUGUUUUAUACAGUAAAAAUCAAAGGCACUGUGUUGUUAUCCUCCUAUAUUUUUUUCUCCUAUGAACUCCAAAUAAAUGGUAAAUAUAUUGUGUAUAUUGCAAUGUUUGGUUCCUUUUACAGGUUAAAAAAAAGAAAAGUCAAUAUGUGCCUCAGUGUUCCAAUGUAAAGUCACUUGUUUCCAUGUUGUUAUCAGAUCUAAUGCAACCUUACAACUGGAAAAAAUGGGGUAACUAUCAUAAAUGGUAAUAAUAAUCGUUUGUAGCACUUAUUUUCUUUUCCCCCUCCCUUUCUAAAUAAUUUGAUCCUCAAAUUUUCCCCAAAGAAUAUGCACUUGUCCCACAGACUCAUCAUUGCAGGAAUCACUGAAACCCUCCUGGAUGUCAUUUUGUACAGCUCUGAUGUGUUCUGUGUCCAAGAUAUCAAAAAUAAACGUUCUCCCUUGUAAUA